AUGGCGGCGAAAAAAUGGAUGAUUCAAUCUUCAGCUAAUGAUUGCGUUACUGAGAGACAGUACCCUUGUGACGUAUGUAUUAUACAAUUAACCGAUACCAGAUCUAUGAAUACACCUCAGACUACUGACACUGAUGAGAAUCAGUACUCUUGCAAUGUAUGUGAUCAGAUAUUCAUCAGAAGGAGCAUUCUAACGGAUGAGAGUAGGACGCUAACGGACGAGAAACGAUACUCGUGCAAUGUCUGUAAAGAGUCAUUCGCCAGUAGCAUCCAACAAAUAAUACACCAGCAAACACACUCGUCUGAAAAACCAUAUCUAUGUAACCUAUGCAACACGUCAUUUUCUAACGCCGUUCAAAUAAUGGAACACUAUCAAACGCUGCACAUGGCUGAAAAACCAUUCUUGUGUGACGUGUGCAAUAAGUCGUUCAGUCAGAGUGGCAAUCUGAAAAUUCACCAUGUAACGCACAUGCGGGAGAAUUAUUACAGUUGA